UGGUUGAAAACAAAGUCCCACGUGACUGGCGGUGCUCUGAGGCCAUCAUGGCGUCUCCCAGUGGGAAAGUAUCCCGGGCGUUGGAGGCUCCUGGCUGUGGCUGCCGGCCGCCGUCCCGGGACCUUGUGGAUUCGGUGGAGGAUGCGGAGGGCUUGUACGUGGCGGUUGAGCGGUGCCCCCUGUGCAAUACCACCCGCAGGCGGCUGACCUGCGCGAAGUGUGUCCAGACCGGCGACUUCGUUUUCUUCGACGGCCGGGACGGCGAAAGGUUUAUAGACAAGAAGGAAAGGUUAAACCAUCUUAAAAGCAAGCAGGAUGAAUUCCGAAAAGAUGUGCUAAAGGCCAUUAUGGAAGGAAAGUGGAUAACAGAUCAGUUGAGAUGGAAAAUAAUGUCCUGUAAAUUGAGAAUUGAACAGCUGAAACAAACAAUAUGUAAAGGAAAUGAAGAAAUGACAAGAAAUUCCGAGGGCCUUCUCAAAACUAAAGAAAAGAAUCAGAAGCUGUUCUGUCGAGCUCAGCGGCACCAAGAGAAGAAGGAAAAAAUCCAGAGGCAUAACCGCAGACUUGGAGAUCUGGUGGAAAAGAAGCAUGAUGACUUAAGAAGUCAGUACGACCGUCUGGCACACUUUCGACGCUCUCAUAUUCUAGAACUCACCUCAAUCAUUUUUCCCAUUGAAGAAGUGAAAACUGGCAUAAGGGACCCUGCAGAUAUAGCCUCAGAGAGUGACACUGCCAUGACCUCCAGCACUGUGAGCAAGCUUGCAGAAGCCAGGAGAACUACUUAUCUCUCUGGGAGAUGGGUUUGUGAUGACCACAAUGGAGAUACAAGCAUUAGCAUUGCAGGGCCCUGGAUUAGUCUUCCUAAUAAUGGAGACUAUUCUGCUUACUACAACUGGGUAGAAGAGAAAAAAACAACACAGGGGCCUGAUAUGGAACAUAAUAACCCAGCCUACACCAUCAGUGCUGCCCUGUGCUAUGCAACCCAGCUUGUCAACAUUUUGUCUCAUAUACUUGAUGUAAAUCUUCCCAAAAAAUUAUGUAACAGUGAGUUUUGUGGAGAGAAUCUCAGCCGGCGGAAAUUUACUCGUGCUGUCAAGAAGUUGAAUGCCAACAUUCUUUACCUCUGCUUUUCUCAGCAUGUAAAUUUAGACCUUUUGCACCCACUACAUACACUCAGGAAUCUAAUGUACCUGGUCAGUCCAGACACGGAACACUUGGGCAGGUCUGGGCCCUUUGAAGUCAGUGCUGAUCUUGAAGAUUCCAUGGAAUUUUUGGAUCCUGCAGCUGCUGGAGAAACAGAUGAAAGCGGGGACGAGCGGAUCAGUGACGAAGAGACGGACCUCGGCACAGACUGGGAGAAUCUGCCCAGCCCCCGGUUCUGUGACAUUCCUUCCCAGCCUGUGGAGGUGCUGCAGAGUCACAGCACCCAGGUGUCCCAGCCCGUGGCCAGCAGUAGCGCCGGGGGCAUGAUCUCCUCGGCCGCCGCUUCCGUCACGUCCUGGUUCAAGGCUUACACGGGGCAUCGCUAGGGCGCGGCCAAGAGACGAUGACGGAUCCACACUGAACAUUUCUCUCCCACAACGUGUAGUUUUACCUAUUCAGUUAAGUAGUGCCUGGAACAAAAAAUAAAUAAACUAAUUUUUUAAAAGCAGAGUUCAAUUCAACAGACAUUUAUUAAAGUUAAACCUUUUUAUUUACAAAGAUUGACUGCUGAUAACAUUUUGUAAAUUAGGUAAAUCCACCCUUAGGACCCACUUCACCACCCAUAUAUCCUUGGGUACGCGUUGGGGAGGAGGAACCUUGCUCAAGUGGCCAGUUCUUCUGUUCAAGGGAUAAAUUGGGCUCUUAUCACAGGAGAAAAGGAAUUUUGGACACUUGAAAACACUGUUUCUGUCUUAUUCACAGUCCUGAGGAUAGCAGUUCUCAGAACUGUCGUUUUUAAAUGGAAUUUCAGAAAGUUCUGUUAUCUUCUCAUUAAUAUGUAGAGAAGUGACUAUAUUCGCACACAUUUUAAAGUAAUUCUUUAUUGAUGAAAACUCACGACUUAAACAUUUUUACCAUAAUUGCUAGGUUUUUGUGUCCACAACAUUUUGUACCAAGAGCCAAUGUGUAAAUUUAGAAUAUUGAUUGCUUUUAGAGUUCGGUUAUCAUGGGUUACUUUUUUUUAAUUGAUAUGAGUUAACUUGUGCUGCUUUCUCAGAUUAUCAGAAAUUUUAUGUAACAGAGAGCACUUGGUUGCCGUCUUACUACCCACACACCAAAGAAACACUGGAUUUAUUUUCUUUUCUUUAGGACCCAUAGCCACAGACAGAAAAAAUAGUAGACACUUGCAAUAAUGUUCUAGAUUUUUUAAAAAUCUAUUUUCUUUUAUAUGUAGUUGUUUAAGCUCAGUUGGCUAGCUAAGAAUUGCAUUCCUGCUGGCCUCACUACUGUGUGUUUUGAAAUCCAAGUUCAUUUUCUGUUAGUAGUGGAUCUGCCUAGUUUGUGCACUGGCUAAAAGGCCCCUUAAUUAGGCAGUCACUGGUGGUUUCUUCCCUUGCAAGAUUCAUUUUUCAGUGAUGUAACUUGAUGGCAAGUGCUCCCAAGGAGAGCCAUCCUACUGCUCAGUUCCUUAGAAAUCUUUAUUACUUUGAAGAUACUAUCUGUGCUCAGUGAGACUUCAGAAAUUCAAAGUUUGUCUUUCAGAACACUGAGGCAUUUUUUCCCCCAGUGAGAUUGUCUCAUCAUUCUCUCCAUGACAGUCUGUCAAGGAGACGGGUGAGGAAAAGCCUUUAUUGACAAAUGUGUGUGUGUUGUUUUUAGAUUUUUAAUACACAAGGGGAAAAUCCCCAUGAAAAUACCUACCUGACUUGUCUUUUUUGUUUUUCUGGUGUGGUUAGGCCAAGAUGCUUCAGAGAAUUCGUUUUGAAGUUCGCUCUUCCCGUUUUUGUUCUUUUUGCAGGGGGGGUAGACGGGGAUCUGUAUGGUGGUAUUUUGCCUCCAAACAAGAGGAUGAGAUGCAUGAUUUUUUCCCUAAUGUUGAUGUAAUUGCCACUCAGUAGAAAACCCAGGGUGUGCUCUAAUUUGCUUCAGUCUAGGAGAUUAGGCUCAGUGACCCUUUUAAGAUUGUUCAUCCUAGAGAGCUCUGGGUGUUUCUUUAUAGCAGGUUUAUCCACCUCUGGUCUUUGUCUGAGCUCCAUGAUUUUGGAUCUGCUGCUUUUUUUCUUAAUAGAAAAUGGCAAUUUUAAAAUUAUUAAAAAACAACAACAACAACAAAAAACCAAAGACAUUUAAAUCUUGUUAAAUGGGAGCCCAGAAACUUUCAGACAAAAGGAACGGCUAAUUGGAUCUAGACCAAUUGGUGGGGUUUGGAAAGGGACUUGACUCUAGUUGAGCACAUUGUUUAACCAAUAGUCAAUAAUCAUGGUACUCUCAAUUGAACCUACAGUGAGACCCUGAAUGGGACGAGGCUUUAGCAGAACUGAUUUCUCUUGUACUCUUACUCAGAGCAAUCAGUAAAACUUCACAACUAAAGAGGGUUUUUUUGUUGUUACCGUUAACUAGAAGCACUUUACUUAGUUAUAGAUGAUCUGAUGCUUUGGUGUUCAUUGAGUACUGCUUGUUAGGCUCUCACUUCUGAGAUUCUUUUUUUUUCCUUAUUAUUUUGCAUUGGACCCACCAUGUAAACCUUCUCUUCCAUACACAUUUUAACCACUGGGUUUUUUCCCCCACCCUUCUUCCUGCCUCUCUAAAUCUUGUCUUAUGAGGUGCAAAAAAAAUUUGUAAACAGUUUAUUAAAAAUUGAAGCUGGUAUUUUUUAAAAUGAAAAGCCAUAGAACUUGGUAUGUGUCAUGUUUUCCAUUUUAAAAUCAUUUACUGAAACAAUGUAAUAGUAAAAUCCAUAGACACCAAAAAGGUGGUUUGAAAUGGGCUAUGUUUGAGAAAUUUUUUUGUAAUAGAAGAUAUAAUUUUUAAAAUGUUUUGCACAUGUGUAAGUUAACAGGGAAUAAAAAUGGAGUGUCAAUAUUGAGUGUGAUUGACUUGAUUCAUUUAGAGAUAAUUAUGAGAAAAGAACACCAGACUUUUUGCUCAAAAACUCAGUCUGAAAACUCUUUUCAGUGUCAUAAUAGAACAAUUACCAUUUACUUUGCAACUUUCAAACUAAUUACAACUAAGCACAAAUGUUUUCUAAACUUCAAUUGUGUUACUGCAAUAAAUCUAAAUAGAAUUCUACCUA